AUGGCUGAACUUUCGCAAGAACAAAGUUCAUCAUCUACACAACCCGACAACUCGGAACAAUCUGAUGUGUUAUUUUCCGUAUUCAACAAGAAAGCCACACGUAAAUUUCCUGAACAUCCGUACAAUGUGGCCGUGUUCGGAUCUACAGAUAUCAAAAUGUUGCAUCGUCAUUUGCAAAUUCAGUGCAAUGGCAAUAUGGGACUCGAUCGUCGACUUUGCUUAAUAGAAUGCUGGGGUCAUGAAAAUCUAUUGGUCUGUGGCGAUUCUCAAAAUAGACUGGAUAUCGCACUCUCCACUCAUAGAUUUCGCAACAAGGAUUUAAUAUUUCUCCACAUCGGUGCCGAUGACUUAGCCAAUCACGUCGAGCCAUUGAAGGUUGCUGAAGAUAUCAUUUCCUUUUGUGACAAAUUGCUGAAAACGUUUCACCCUAAGUGCGUUAUAAUUAGCCGAAUGAUACAGCGCAAUCCAGAACCGUUUGCAGGUUUCAACGACAAUGUAAUCGCAGCGACUUCUCGUAUUCAAAGCAUUUGUUUGAACCGCACAGAUUUGAGUUUAUGGCGGCAUAAAUUCGGAGUUGCAAAUCCUGAUAAGCCUUUGUAUACCCCCGAUGGAAAACACUUUUCCGAAAUAGGUGCCAAGAGGGUGACAAAAAGUGUCCGCGAUGCUGUUUUGCGACAUCUGUAUGGCGGUUGGCAAUAUCAGACGUCUACGAGCAGCUCGGUAUCCUCGAACGUACUGACUAAAGUCUUCUCGUCACCGUCUAAUAUAGCCAAACCCAUACAAAGAAAUACAAUACAAAAUAAUAAUAGAAUAAAAGAAUAUGAUAAGAAAUAUUAA